AUGCCUCCAGAUGUGUAUACCUCCCGGAGUGCUACCAACAGCUCAGGGUUUCAGGUGUCUGAGUUCGUCCUGCUGGGGCUCCCGGGCAUUCACGAGUGGCAGCACUGGCUCUCCCUGCCGCUGGCUCUGCUCUACCUCUUAGCCCUCAGUGCCAAUCUCCUCAUCGUGAUCACCAUCCACCAUGAGCUUAACCUGCACCAGCCCAUGUACCAAUUGCUUAGUGUCCUGGCUGUAGUGGACAUUGGCUUGGCUACGACCAUCAUGCCCAGAAUUCUGGCCAUCUUCUGGUUUGAGGCCAAGGCCAUUAGCCUCCCUGAGUGUUUUGCUCAGAUCUACGCUGUCCACUGUUUUAUCAGCAUGGAGUCAGGCGUCUUCCUCUGCAUGGCUGUGGAUCGAUAUGUAGCUGUCUGCCACCCACUCCAGUACCCCUCCGUCGUCACUGGAGUUUUUGUGGUCAAAGCCGUGGUGUUCAUGGUGCUUAGGAAUGUCCUGCUAACCAUCCCAGUGCCUGUACUGGCUGCCCAGAGAUGCUACUGCUCCAAGAACGAAAUCGAGCACUGCAUGUGCUCAAACCCGGGGGUCACUGGCUUGGCCUGCGAUGACAUCACCAUCAAUAGGUUUUAUCAGCUGGCUUUGGCGUGGGUCAUUGGGGGAAGUGACAUGGCUCUAGUCUUUAUUUCCUACGUUCUGAUCUUUCGCUCUGUGCUGAGGCUGAACUCUGCUGAGGCAAUAGUCAAGGCUCUGAGCACCUGCAGCUCUCAUCUCAUCCUCAUCUUCUUUUUCUACACAACCAUUGUUGUAGUGUCCAUAGCCCAGCUGGCCGGAAAAGCCGUUCCCAUCUUCCCUGUCCUUCUCAACGUGCUUAACAUUGUCAUUCCCCCAGCCCUUAACCCCAUGGUGUAUGCUCUGAGGGCCCAUGAGCUCAGAGUGGGCUUCCGGAGGGUGCUUGGGUUACAUGAGAAUGUGCUCCAGAAGUGA